GCGGAGAGCGGGAACCUGGCGCCCGGGGCUGCCGCGCUUCAUCCCCGGGCCUCAAGGGGCGGGAGACCCCUCCCGGCUCGGCCUCUUCCCGCCUGCACCCCGGAGGGCGGCUGUCACCCGGCAAGGCCGGCGCAGGGGCGGCCGCCCGCCCUUCCCGGCAGUCUGGAGGAAGAGUUCCGGCGGCUGUUGACACGCACCUUGCGUGGCCAGAGUAGCAGACUGUGUCAGCCCUGGGUUUCUGGGAACCGGUUUUGCUGCUGUGUCAUUUUGUCCCAGCCUCUCCUUUCCUUGCUGCCCGCCGCCCCGUUCUUCCUGCGCCCCUUUGUAUGAUCUCUUAUUCGUGUGUGUCCGUUUUCCUCGCGAAGCCCACCAUCUAAAUGUCCCCGAGGUGCACGGGGAAAGGGAGCGGGCCGGGACUUAGCUUGGCCAAGCAACGGUAAACACCAAGCACAGUGCGGAUGGACGGGGCUUGCGGGGGGUGGGGGUGGGAAUAAAGUUUAAAGACGAAGAAACUGGGAACACUUGAGACUCUCAUCCUAGUCUAGCAGGCUGCAUAGGUAAAGAGCGAUUGGGCUGGGUGGUAGAUAGCACUAGUCUAAAGCCUGAAUCUACUGGCUUUUAUUUGGAGUUGUCAUUCAAGAAAGAUAAGGAAAUGAAAUGGUUUUUUCAACUUCCCCCUUACUUAGACUAACUUUUAAAAAAGACAGUAGACUGACCCUGUUCUCAACCUUGAAAUUCAGUUUGCUCAUUUCAGGUAGAUCUUUCAGAGUAUAUACUGUAGUUCAGUAGUAGGUUUAGAAUUCAGCUUUUGAAUGGGCGAUUAGCAAAUCUUUCUGAAAAUAAAAAAGGUAACCAAUUUAGUUUUUUGUUUUUGCUUUUUAAUUCUGGUCUUGUCACAAGCCUUGCAGCUUAUGGUUUUGUGUUAUUUCUAGGAUGAUUAAAAACUGCUUACGUUCUUUUUUAGUUAUUAAUCCGCAUAAGAGUAGCUGGUGGGAAAGAUGGGUAACUCUGGGGUCUUGUUCUAAAGUAAGCUGUUUAUUUUCUCUGUAUUGAACAAAUAUAUCUGCGGCAGAUUUUUUUUAAAUUUAGUGACUUAGAUCUUAAUAUUUGGCAAAUAAUUUUUGUUUAGAGGUGUAUUUCUUGUAUUUUAGAAAUUGUUCAUUCAUGAUUAGGAUCGAUAUAUUUUAAACCUACUUGGGCUUUGACGCCUUAAACCAAUGACAAAUUGGAAGUCAGUGUUCACGGACAGAAAUGAUCGGAUGAAAUUAAGUGAAGAGAGAAAUAGUUGAAACUUUAUUUUUAAAAUUAGUCGUCUUGACCACAUUAUCAGCAGGAGGAUCAGUGCCUGUAAUUUACAGAUGUGACGGGGAGAUAAGACAUGCAUAUGGAAAUGAUCGCUCUGUCAAAGUAGUGCUGAAGUGGAGGAAAACGUCAGUCAGUCGGUGAAUGACAUUAAAGGUCUUAAUCAUGUUUUUAGUAUCUGAAAUGAGCACAGUGAAUAAAACGCAUUGCUUCAUCUGUCUCAAGUUGCUUUACUGAAAAUGAAAGUGUUUGUGGAUUCUUCAUUGUCCUUAUGCCGCCUUCCGUGUGGCUUUUGCUCUUCAAAACAAAAAUAUGCCGGACUUGGGACUCAGCAGGUAGAGCGACUUCCUUUCGCGUAGCUGCCGGGCCCGCAGAAGCACCAUUUUUCGCUGUGGGGUGAAAGGUCUCGGCGUGGGCUGUGUGUGCGCUUGUAUCUCCCUGUGCAUUUGAAGGUUGGCGGGGCGGGCGGGAGGUUUCCCCGGAUAUGUGGGUGUGCGCCUCUCCGGAGGGGAGGGCUGAGGAGGGGAGGAGGAGGAAGGGGGAGGUUACUGGCGGCGGCGGCGGCGGCGGCGGCCCGGGCUCGGGCUGUCGGGGAAGCUGCUGAGCUGUGAUGGUGAUGACGAGGUGAAAAUGGCGGAUCUUUCGAAAUACAAUCCCGGCCCCUGACAUACCAGAGGCGGCGGCGGCGGCGGCGUCGCCACCCGGGCUCCCUCCUUGGCCCCCGGGUCCCCUGUAGCGCUCGAGUUCGGGCAGACUGGGAAAGGAAGCGGCUGGCCGGAGCUACCGUGCACAGGCAAAACAAGCACCGCCCGGGCUCGGAAUUGCCCGGGACCUUCUGGAGCCCCCACCUCGGAGCCGGAGGGAGGAGAAAGCGGCAGCCGCUGGAGCACCUGAUCAACUUUCUAGCUGGAGAACGAUCAUGGAGGUGGUGCCAGCUGAGAUUGCUAAGAAGCCUCGAACACCAACCUCUGGUCCAGUAAUCACGAAGCUGAUCUUUGCAAAACCAAUUAAUAGUAAAGCAGUUACAGGACAGACAACUCAAGUAUCACCACCAGUCAUUGCAGGUAGGGUUCUUUCACAGUCUACUCCCGGGACUCCAUCAAAGACCAUAACAAUAUCUGAAAGUGGUGUUAUUGGAUCAACUUUAAAUUCUACAACACAGACACCAAAUAAAAUAGCCAUCUCACCUUUGAAAUCGCCAAAUAAGGCAGUGAAAUCAGCUGUGCAGACCAUCACUGUUGGAGGCGUGAGCACAUCACAGUUUAAGACAAUUAUUCCUCUGGCAACUGCUCCCAAUGUCCAGCAGAUUCAAGUGCCUGGAAGCAAGUUUCAUUAUGUCCGACUUGUUACUGCCACAACAGCCAGUAGCUCCACCCAGCCAGUUAGUCAGAAUCCCAGUACAAACACUCAACCUCUCCAGCAAGCAAAGCCAGUGGUUGUUAAUACCACUCCCGUGCGGAUGUCAGUUCCUCUUGUCUCCGCGCAGACUGUCAAACAGGUUGUUCCCAAACCGAUCAAUCCCACUUCACAAAUAGUUACCACCAGCCAGCCACAGCAGCGGCUCAUCAUGCCUGCCACACCACUGCCACAGAUCCAGCCAAACCUCACUAACCUGCCACCGGGCACUGUGCUGGCCCCGGCUCCGGGGACAGGGAAUGUGGGCUACGCAGUGCUUCCAGCUCAGUAUGUUACUCAGCUACAGCAGUCUUCAUAUGUGUCUAUAGCAAGCAACUCAAACUUCACCGGAACACCUGGUAUCCAGACCCAGGCAAGGCUUCCAUUCAAUGGCAUAAUACCAUCAGAGUCUGCCAGUCGGCCCAGGAAGCCCUGUAAUUGUACAAAAUCGCUGUGUUUGAAAUUAUAUUGUGAUUGCUUUGCAAAUGGUGAAUUUUGCAACAACUGCAACUGUACUAAUUGUUAUAAUAAUUUGGAACAUGAAAAUGAAAGGCAAAAAGCAAUAAAGGCAUGCCUUGACAGAAAUCCAGAAGCUUUUAAACCUAAGAUAGGGAAAGGAAAGGAGGGAGAAUCAGAUCGACGUCACAGCAAAGGAUGUAAUUGCAAACGAUCAGGAUGUCUUAAAAACUACUGUGAAUGCUAUGAGGCAAAAAUAAUGUGUUCCUCAAUAUGCAAAUGUGUUGGCUGUAAGAAUUUUGAAGAAAGCCCAGAACGAAAGACACUGAUGCACUUGGCAGACGCAGCUGAAGUAAGGGUACAGCAACAGACGGCAGCGAAAACUAAGUUAUCGUCUCAAAUUUCGGACUUGCUUACUAGGCCAACGCCGGCUUUGAAUAGUGGAGGAGGAAAAUUGCCAUUUACAUUUGUAACUAAGGAAGUAGCGGAAGCCACAUGUAAUUGCCUUCUUGCCCAGGCAGAGCAGGCAGACAAGAAGGGAAAAUCAAAGGCAGCAGCCGAACGGAUGAUACUGGAGGAAUUCGGACGAUGUUUGAUGAGCGUCAUCAAUUCUGCAGGCAAAGCAAAAAGUGACCCUUGUGCCAUGAAUUGCUAACUCUUGCACAAAAGACUGAUAAAUGGAACUGUACAGAAAAUUGAAGGUCCAGGGACACUUGAUUUUCUGGAAGAUAAUUUAACAAUGAUUGUACUGUUAAUUCAGUCCUUGUGUGACCUGAAGUUAUAAUAUUGAAAGAAGAAAUUUUAAAUGAGGAAAUUAGUACAUUUUAAAUCUUAGUUAAAUCUGUUUAUGCCCCUUCUAAAUUGGGUUUUUCUUUAUUGUAUUAUAUAGAUUUUAAUUUGCAUGGGUUUCUUAAGAAUUAGAUGUUCUAUCCAUCUGAUGCUAUUGACAAAGGACAUUUAUAAAUUAAUAUAAUUUAUAAUGUAUGGCGUUGUAGGACUUUGUUCCAGUAGAAAAAGCCAGAGAACCAUUGGUAUUACCCAGUCAUUCUUUGGCACUAGACCUAAGCAGAUAGAAUGUCUACAUAAACAAAUUCUUAUGAAACAUAUUCAAAUGACAUUUUUGUGUUUAGAAAAGCACUACCUUUUUAAGAAAAAAACUUUUUAGCACAGAUUCUGGAAUAAUAUCGUGUUGUCACUUUGGGAAUGUCAGAAGGGGAAGUAAUCCAUAGGCAUACUUUUAAAAUUAAGAAGUUGUUUUUUAAGAAAAACUGUUAAGGGACAGGCAGUAGUUCUUGAUAGGCAAGGUGUUUCUCUAAGAAAGAGUGACUAAGAAAUGCUCUGGGAUGUUUCCAUUUUCUUUGAAGGAGGUGCUGUGUAUUUGAAAUGAUAUUAAUAAAUUGUCAGAGUGAUUACUGGGUACUAUUAAAAGUGAGAGGUGCAUAUGAAUAGAACUUAUUAUGUAGUGAUAAUACAGAAACUUACAUAAUCAUCAGGUAUAAAAUUUGACUUGGAUGGAGAAAUAAAGAACAUUGAAGCUCUAAUAAAUGAAUUGAGGGAAAGACUUUUCAUCUAUACAAUUCUCUUUAUAGACUUUUGAACUAAGAGGUCUCAAUCCAGUGUAGGAGUCUUACUUGAUUUACUGAAAGGGCCUCCUAACAAAGCUUUCAAAAUUAUAGUGGGACUUCUUUUUAUAAGGGAAGCUUAAAAUGGCAUUAUUUUUAGCCAGUGAUUUGAUAAGCUGAAGGUAUGAGUGUUUUCUUAUUAUUACUAAAAUAACCUAAAUCAUUUUCACAAAUUCAAAAUUCAAGAGCUUUAUGAAUUUAAGAGCCUGUAAGAGGACUCUGGAUUUUAUGACAAGAAAAACCAUGUUGGAAUUCAGGCAUUUUGUUAGGUACCUUAAUCCUCAGUAAUUAUUAGUAUAUGAUUAUUACAUUUCCUACAAGGAAUCUAUAGUUGUAUGUAUUAAGUAUGUAUAUAUGUUCAUAUGAACAUGCAAGAUAUAGGCAAUAGAAAUUAAUCCAAAAGAAGAUUCCGUUAUUCAUUGAAGUAUCUUCCUUUUGAAAUUUGGAUUUAUAAAAUUAUAGUGCAGUAACUUUAAAUGUAGAUAGUGCAAACAUUCUUAGCACCUCAGUCUAGUAUGUUUAAUUAAAAUUUGUAUAAAUGUAAAUUAGUGUAAGAGGAUAAAAUAUCUAAUCAAGUUAUUUUUCAAAAGAUUACAAUACCUUUUUGGUCUAAACCUAAACUUUGUUCAUUUUGUACAUACUCUGUGUUUAAUUCUAAUUGCACCUUUGUGAUGUGUAUUUAUAUACAGUGUGCAGAAAAUGUUUGUGAAAUUUGGAUUACAAUUGUAGAUUAUGUAUGACGGCAUUGCUUGAGAAUGUUUUGCUUGUAAAAACUUGAAGGUGCAAUCAAAUGCUACUAGUUUUUCUGAUUUUCAAGAAGCUAUCUAAAGUAUUAAGACUUUCCUUCCUGUGUAGUACUUACUAAGCAACUUUUUGUAUUUAGGCAUUUGCAUCAAAUUGCUGAACAAGAUUAAUAUCCACAUUAAUUCAACAAUUUUAAAAGACUAUUUGGGGAGGGUUGGGUAUAUAAUUUUUUUAGCUCUAUUUACAUCCCAAAGUAGAAAGAUUAAAUUUAUAUUUACUAGAGCUAUUCAAAGAAUACACUUUUCUAUAUUGUAAAAACAGGACAGCAAAGUAAAUCAUACAGAAAAUAAACAUUUAUACUAUUCUGUAAAAAAAAAAAAAAGUUUGUUUUUUUUCUUUAAGAACACCCACUUUUAACCAUUUAAUGUACCAGAAAAGAAACUUAAAAUAUCUGAUUUUAAGUGAAUUUGACAUUACUUCUGAAAGCACACAAAUAAUAAGUAUAAUUUUGCCCAAUUAU